GCACUUGCGUAGGUCACCUGUAGAGCCGGCUGAGCUGCAGCAAGGAGGCCGCUGACCCGCCAGGAGUUUAGUCGGAACGAAAGCGUUGAGGAAUGUCGGCUCUAGGAAGUAUCUUGGCCGACCGGUGGGGCAUCACUGGACAAUCGACCCUGCUUGCCUCGGCUGCAGCUCUGGCUGCCACGCUUGUCGUGGCGGAGAAGGACACGCUGCUCAACCCUGACUUCCUCAAUAGUCAGAAAGAGAGGCUAUGGGAGCUUCCGACCUACAAGCUGUACGCCCUUGGCGCAGCAGCAGUGCUUGUUUUCCUCUAUGCAGCCAUCUCACUUCUCUGGCCAGCUGUGCCACGUGUCCUGCUCGUGGACUUCUCUUGCUUCACACCUCCUCAGAGGUUGAAGUGCUCCAGGAAGAGGCUGAUGGAUGAGAUCCGUCUCAAGGGGGUGUUCACCGAGGCGAACCUGGAGUUCCAGGAGAAGAUACUGGAGAGGUCUGGGCUGGGAGAUGAGACCGGCCUGUCUGAUGGAAUUGCCGCCAUGAAGGAUGGCGAGGUGAAGACCACACUAAAGGCGGCCCUGGAGGAGUCUGAGAUGGUCCUCUACGACGUGGUGGAAAAUCUGCUUGCCAAGUCCAACACCGACCCCCAGGAGAUCGACAUCGUGAUUGUUUCUUGCUCCUGCUUUGCGCCGACCCCGUCCAUGGCGGCCAUGAUCACCAACCACUUCAAGCUGCGCCGCGACGUGCUCACCUACAACCUGUCCGGCAUGGGCUGCUCAUCCUCCCUCAUCUGCAUCGACCUCGUCAAGCACCUGCUCAAGGCGAUGCCCAACAAGCUGGCGCUGAUCGUGAAUCACGAGAACAUCACCCAGAACUGGUACGUGGGCAACGACCGCUCCAUGCUCGUCUGCAACUGCCUCUUCCGCCUCGGCGGUGCCGGCGCCCUGCUCUCCAACAGGCCCAAGGACAUCAGGCGGGCCAAGUACGAGCUGGUGCACACUGUGCGCGUGCACCUGGGCUGUGAGGACGACGCCUUCGGCUGCAUGGGCAACGGCGAGGACAGCGAGGGCAUCAAGGGCGUCUUCCUGCGCCGUAACGUUGUCUCCGUCGCCGGCCGCGCCCUCAAGGUCAAUCUGCAGCGCCUCGGACCCCUCACCCUCCCCAUCACCGAGAUGGUGAAGGUGGUGAUGAACAAGGCGUACGUGCCCAAGUUCAACAACGCGUUUGAGCACUUCCUGCUGCACACUGGUGGCCGCGCUGUCAUCGACGAGAUGGAGGAAAAGCUGAGCCUGACGCCCGCGCAGUGCCAGCCCUCCAAGGACGCCCUCUACCGCUUCGGAAACACCUCUGCCGCCUCCACCUGGUACAUUCUGUCCAACAUCGAGCACUUCAGCGGCCUCAAGCGCGGCGACCGCAUCUGGCAGCUGGGCUUCGGCGGCGGCUUCAAGUGCAACUCCGCUGUCUGGCGCGCACGCCGCAACGUCAAGGCCAGCCACGAGUGCUGGGAGUGAGCCUCAGCGCAGGGGACCUCCCAGCCUCCCGCCUGUCAGAAAGUCUUCUGCUGCUUUCAGACUGUGGACACUGGGUAGACUCUGCACGUGCUGCAGUGCCUGCAAGAUUUGAUAAGGCUGCAGUUGGCGUUUCUGCUGACAUGAGCACUGUCGACGAAUACUUUGCUGGAGCAGCUCUGGUUCUGAGCCCCCAUGUGUUUGCGCACAAGCGGGCUGGCAUGGCACUGUGGGAACGAAUGAUACUGCCAACGUGCUGGAGGUUAAAUUGCUCUCUUGCCUGGUCCUGUGUGAUUGAACAGGUGGUUGAAUGAUAUUGUUGGUCGCAUUGCUAAGACUUCUUUGGAAGCUGUUGCUUGGGGUCUCUUCUGCCGUCUUUGGAACUUGCUGCAUGCAAUAUUUAUGCAUUUGUGGAUGCGAAGGACUGUUGGAUGUCAUACCAAGACUUAGUAUCCAUGCCGCCUCAAGUUGGAGAUUUGGGCACUUGUCUAUCCAUUUCAUUCUGUUGCCACGGAGGUGCUUCCUCCAACCUUGAGAUUUGUCACUGUCACGGGAGCCUCUCAGGCUUCUGGGGGGAGUGCAACGCUUGAUCAGGGGUCAUCAUCAGAGUAAUCAGCAUGUGAACAGAACGCAUGUGGCUCCAGAAGGACGAGGGGGAAGUGGGUGGAGACUGCCUUGGGUUUGAGGUGUUUCCUGGCAGGGCAGCCAAGGCAGCAGUUGCAUUUAUGCUUAUUAUUGUGCCCUGGGUUGAUAACCUGGGGUCCUUGCGAGUGGCUAGAGCAGCCUGAGCUGUGGACGAGCUCAGUUGCAUCCCUUGCACUUUGUUGUGCUAAUGCCAAGAUUAGUAUGAAAGCUGCACCGUUUUUAAAUUAUGGGAUGCCACACUUCCAAAGGAAAAAAGGGCUUCUGCAUUGCUUGAGCAUUCUCCUGCUCUCUGCUUGCCCAGGUUCUGACUUGUGCAAGCACCUCUAUUUGAAUGAUAUGUCAAAAGCUUGCGUUGCAAGUUGCAGGGAUUAUUUAUGUCAUCAGAUGAGAUGUGCAGCAUUUCCUGCUUAGUGUGGCAGUGCUCCAAAUAGGCAGUUGAAGAAUAAUUGGGGUGCUGUUCAUGAUCAAUGUUGAUGCACGUAGUGCACUGCACUGGACAUAGGGAUAGUGUUGAAGUGUUUGCAAGAUAAGUUUCUGACUCCACUGUAAAGACAUUUGCCAAAGC